AUGGAGGAUUACCACAAGCCCGAUCAGCAGACGCUGCAGGCGCUGAAGGACACGGCCAACAGGCUCCGCAUCAGCUCCAUCAAGGCCACGACCGCGGCCGGCUCCGGCCACCCUACAUCAUGUUGCAGUGCAGCAGAGAUUAUGUCUGUGCUGUUCUUCCAUACCAUGAGGUACAAAGUUCAAGACCCCAGAAACGCCAGCAAUGACCGCUUUGUUCUUUCAAAGGGUCAUGCAGCACCAAUUUUAUAUUCUGUUUGGGCAGAGGCUGGCUUUCUACAAGAAGCAGAAUUAUUGAACUUGAGGAAAAUUGAUUCUGUCCUAGAAGGACACCCAGUGCCAAGACAGGCCUUCACUGAUGUGGCUACUGGAUCCCUUGGGCAGGGUCUUGGUGCUGCUUGUGGAAUGGCAUACACUGGCAAAUUCUUUGACAGAGCCAGCUAUCGAGUGUACUGUCUGCUUGGAGAUGGAGAGUUAUCUGAAGGCUCUGUUUGGGAGGCAAUGGCCUUUGCUGGCUUUUACAAGCUUGAUAAUCUUGUUGCUAUAUUUGAUAUUAAUCGUCUUGGACAAAGUGACCCUGCUCCUCUGCAGCAUCACGUUGAAAUCUACCAGAAACGCUGCGAGGCAUUUGGCUGGCAUGCCAUCAUCGUGGAUGGACACAGUGUGGAGGAGCUUUGCAAAGCCUUUGGCCAGGCCAAACAUCAGCCAACAGCCAUCAUUGCAAAGACUUUUAAAGGCAAAGGCAUAUCAGGUGUUGAAGAUAAGGAAAGCUGGCAUGGAAAGCCCCUUCCAAAAAAUAUGGCUGAGCAGGUCAUUCAGGAAAUAGAUGACAGAAUCCAAAACAAGAAAAAACUUUCUCCAGCCCUUCCUGAAGAAGAUGCACCUAUAGUAAAUAUUAGAAACAUUAAGAUGCCAUCUCCACCAACUUACAAAGUGGGAGAAAAGUGGGCCACCCGCAAGGCUUACGGGGUUGCACUUGCAAAACUGGGCCACGCCAACGAUCGAGUGAUUGCUCUGGACGGUGACACAAAGAACUCCACCUUCUCAGAGCUCUUCAAGAAGGAACAUCCCAGUCGCUACAUUGAGUGCUACAUUGCUGAGCAGAACAUGGUGAGCAUUGCAGUUGGUUGUGCCACUCGUGACAGGACCGUUGCUUUUGCCAGCACUUUUGCCACCUUCUUCACGCGGGCGUUCGACCAGAUCCGCAUGGCUGCCAUCUCCGACAGCAACAUCAACCUCUGCGGCUCCCACUGCGGGGUUUCCAUCGGUGAGGAUGGACCAUCUCAGAUGGGACUGGAGGAUCUGUGCAUGUUCCGGGCCAUUCCCAACUCCACUGUGUUUUACCCCAGUGAUGCUGUAGCCACUGAAAAAGCAGUGGAAAUAUCUGCCAACACCAAGGGCAUUUGUUUCAUCAGAACCAGUCGUCCUGAAAACCCUGUCAUUUACAACAACAAUGAGGACUUCCAUAUUGGACAGGCAAAGGUCAUUUUGAAGAGUAAGGAUGACCAAGUGACUGUGAUUGGAGCAGGAGUCACUCUGCAUGAAGCACUGGCUGCAGCAGAGCAGCUGAGAAAAGAAAAAAUCUACAUCCGUGUGAUUGAUCCCUUCACUAUAAAGCCCCUGGAUAAGAAGACAAUACUUGAAAGUGCAAGAGCAACCAAGGGCAGAAUCAUCACUGUUGAGGACCACUACCACGAAGGUGGCAUUGGCGAAGCCGUGUGUGCCGCCGUCAUGGGCGAGCCCAGUGUCACCGUCACUCGCCUGGCUGUGUCCCACGUGCCCCGCAGCGGGAAGCCAGCUGAGCUGCUGAGGAUGUUUGGCAUUGACAAGGAUGCCAUCAUGCAGGCGGUGAGGGCAGCCGUGUCCAAAUCCAGGAACGCCGAGUAGUGCAAAGC